AUGAAAACUGGCUAUAUAAUUUGGCUUUUGUUGGCCUGUCUGCCUUUGGGCAACGGACUGGUACUUAUUGAUUCGACUUUGGCAUCGGCGUGUAUCUACUAUGAACUACAGUACGACUGGGGCUGCAAUUCCCAUGGCACUGGUAUGAAAGCAUAUGCCUGUCGUUGUAAGAAUAUCAAUUGGUUAGGUACCGUGACUAAUUGCAUUAGAAAUAACUCCGAUUCGACGAGGUUGAUAAAUCAUGCGCUUAGACAUGUUGCGACUCGUUGUCUCCAAAAAGGCCAUUUGCAUUAUUCCCUGGAUGAUAUGUAUCGAUUUGCCGAUAAUGGAUCGCAGUACCUGCGGGAGCCCACGUUAGAGGAUAAAUCGGUAACGGUCAAUACGACUUUGCUGGUCAAUCAAACUGACUUCGACUGGUAUCACAGGAAAUUCAAGGACUAUACUUUUUCUGUGGAGAGAUCUCAAUGGUUUGGAUGGGGCCUGGUCCUUUACUGGGCAGCGAUUGUAGGUUUUGCUACGUUCUUCAACCUUUGCAGAAGACUUGCUGGCUACUCGUUAGCGAACAAUUGGUGUAGGAAGCACAUCACUCUACCCUCAGCUUUUAAAGACUACCGUGAAAGAACGUAUUUCUUUGCUAAAAUUGUACCUUUGAAUUUUCAAACUCGUUUGCAUGGACUGGUUGUUGCUGUUUUUGUUGUGCUAACCAUCAUUUCAGUCGGCGUGGGCUACGAGCUGAAGUUGCCACAUCCAUACUUGACAACCAGAUGGUAUGCGAACCUGAAUUUGGUGAGCUAUAGAACAGAUUUGAUGGCCAUCUCGUUAUUUCCAGUCAUAUACCUAUUUGGCAUCAGAAACAAUCCACUUAUCUAUAUCUCUGGGAUGCCCUACUCAGUAUUCCAGUUCUACCAUCGUUGGUGUGCAUAUACAUGCGCCGUUUUGGCAUUCAUCCACUCCAUUAUUUGGACAGUGUGGGCCAUUGCUGAUGGUGGCUAUGAGAUGUGGGCAAUGGACGCUUACUGGAAGUGGGGUAUCGCAGCGACGACUCUGAUUGUUCUGCUUGUUUUUCAUAGUGAGAAAGUCAUCAGAGAUCUUGCUUAUGAAAUCUUCUUAGUUAUGCACCAAUUUAUGAAUAUUGCAUUCAUCAUAAGCAUGUAUUACCAUUGCAAUACACUAGGGUGGUUAGGUUGGAUCUGGUCCAUGGCAGGGAUUCUUUGUUAUGAUCGGUUCAUUAGAAUCGUGAGAAUAGCCAUCAGUGGAGGAGUUCGUACAGCAACUCUCAUUGAUUGCGGAAAUAGAUCGGUUAUAAAAAUGGUAAUGAAGAAGCCCAAAUACUUCACAUAUGCUGCUGGAUCUCACGCAUACGUUUACUUCCUCAGUCCAACUGAUUCGUGGUAUUACUUCUUUCAAUCUCAUCCCUUCAGCAUUAUAUUAAAGCCAGAGGAAGAUCGCCGAAAUCCUGAUAAUCUGGUCUUUUACUUCAAAGCCAGUAAAAGCAUCACCAGAGCCAUGCUUAAUAAAGUCAUGAAAAGCGGAAGAGGAUCUGUCACUUGCAAGAUCCUCUUGGAGGGUCCUUACGGGACUACAAUCCCCGAAACCGUCAAGGGUGUCAGGAAAACUGUCGCAGUCUGUGCUGGACUUGGCAUAUCUGCUGUAUAUCCAAUCUUGAGAGAGAAUUCAAUUUCCCAAAGGCAAAUUUACCACAAGCUGAUCUGGAUUAUUAAUGAUUUAACUUCUCUUGAUUGGUUUCACGAAGAGUUGCAAUGGUUGAAAGCCCAAGGCACAAAGAUCUCUAUAGUUUACACCAAGGCUGAUGACAAGGACGUCGAAGCUUCAUCCAAAGGCUCUCAAACGUCAGAGAGCGGGUACGAGCUUGAGAAGCUAUAUUCGCGCCCAAAUUUGCUUAGCGUGGUUGAAUCUGAGGUUCAACAAGCCUCUAGUGAAGCUGUCGAUUUAACAAUAGUCAGUUGCGGUCCCCCUUCAUUCAACGAUGAGCUUCGUGACUCUGUAGUAAGAAGCAUAGCUCCAGAUUUGAAGAUAGAUGUUGAGCUUCAAGAGGAAAGUUACACCUGGUGA